AUGGCAGUCCAACAAUGGAUUACGCCCUUGAAGGGCCUAGACAGUCUCAGCCGAACUGAGUCGCCAAUGCCCACCCCAGGACCGAGUGAGGUCCUGGUGGAGAUCCGCGCUGUGUCUCUGAACUACCGUGACGUGGAAGUGACCAAGGGCGAGUACAAACACCACAAAUCCGCCGAACAAGAUGCCACCAUUGUGCCAUGCUCCGAUAUGUGCGGCGUAGUCACGCAGGUUGGAUCCGGCGUGACGAAAUGGACUGUUGGCGACCGUGUGCUUUCGACUUUCCUCCCCGAUCAUCAAACUGGCCAAGUGACUGAAAAAGAGCUUGGCAGGAGUCUGGGGCUGCCGCAGGAUGGUGUCCUGGCUUCUCAUCGCGUCUUCCCCGACCACGGCCUGGUCCGGGCGCCCAGCUUCAUGUCUGAUGAGGAGGCUGCCACGCUUCCCAUUGCCUCGGUCACCGCUUGGAUGUCGAUCAAUGGAAUGCGACCAUUGGGACAAAGUGGCGGGAAGGACGAAUAUAUUUUGCUUCAGGGAACUGGUGGUGUGGCUAUUGCGGGACUACAAAUUGCAAAGGCGGCCGGUGCGAAGGUGAUCAUCACCUCCUCGUCGGAUGCCAAACUGGACCAGGCAAAGCAGCUAGGUGCUGAUUUCACUAUCAACUACCGCACCAACCCCAACUGGGAAGCCGAGGUGAUGAAGAUUACCCAAAAUCACGGUGCAGAUAUUAUUCUAGAAGUCGGUGGUGCUAAGACCCUUAGAAAAAGCUUUGAUUGUGUCGCUUGGGGUGGACUCAUCAACUGCAUCGGCUACGUUUCGGGCAAGAUGGAUGCUGACGACGAUCGUCUGAAUGUCAAUCUGUUGGCUCUCCGUCGCACAGUCACACUCAAGGGAAUCAUCAAUGGCCCCAAGGACCGGUUCGAGGAGAUGAUCCAUUUCUACGAGGAACACCAGGUUCAACCAGUAGUCAACCGGAUAUUUUCGUUCGCCGAGGCUAUAGAGGCGUUCAAAUUCCUGGAAAGCGGCAGCCACUUCGGAAAGGUAGUUAUCAAAGUCCAAUAG